AUGUGCCCCAGUGCCCACACGCCUCCCCUGUACCUGCGCCUCCACGAUCCCAUCCCCUUACGUGCCCCCAGUGCCCACGCCUCCCCUGUACCUGCGCCUCCACGACCCCAUCCCCUACGCAGUCUCCCCCAGUGCCCACGCCUCCCCUGUACCUGCGCCUCCACGACCCCAUCCCCACGUGCCCCCAGCCCACGCCUCCCCCUGUACCUGCGCCCACUGAGCACCAUCCCCUACGUGCCCCCAGUGCCCACGCCUCCCCUGUACCUGCGCCUCCACGACCCCAUCCCCUACGUGUGCCCCCAGUGCCCACACGCCUCCCCUGUACCUGCGCCUCCACGAUCCCAUCCCCUACGGGUGCCCCCCUCUCUUUGUGCGCCCCACGCCUCCCCCUGUACCUGCGCCUCCACGACCCUUAUCCCCUUACGUGCCCCCUUGAAGUGCCUUACUGCCUCCUCCCUGUACCUGCAGCUCUCCAUGACCCCAUCAUCCCCUACGCCCCCAGUGCCCACUGCCUCCCCUGUACCUGCGCCUCCACGAGCCCCAUCCCCUACGUGCCCCCCAGUGUCCACGCCUCCCCUGUACCUGCGCCUCACUAUCCAUCCCCUACUGCUCCACGCCUCCCCUGUACCUGCGCCUCCACGAUCCCAUCCCCCACGUGCCCCCAGUGCCCACGCCUCCCCUGUACCUGCGCCUCCACGACCCCAUCCCCUACGUGCCCCCAGUGCCCACGCCUCCCCUGUACCCGCGCCUCCACGACCCCAUCCCCUACGUGCCCCCAGUGCCCACGCCUCCCCUGUACCUGCGCCUCCACGAUCCCAUCCCCAUGUGCCCCCAGUGCCCAUCACGCCUCCCCUGCACCUGCGCCUCCACGACCCCAUCCCCACGUGCCCCCUUCCAGUGCCCAGCCUCCCCUGUACCUGCGCCUCCACGAGACCCCAUCCCCUACGUGCCCCCCCCAGUGCCCACGCCUCCCCCUUCUGUACCUGCGCCUCCACGACCCUAUCCCCUACGUGCUCCCCACAGUGCCCACGCCUCCCCUGUACCUGCGCCUCCACGAUCCCAUCCCCUACGUACCCCCCAGUGCCCACGCCUCCCUUUGUACCUGCGCCCACGACCUCAUCCCCUACAUGUGCCCCAGUGCCCACGCCUCCCCUGUACCUGCGCCUCCACGAUCCCAUCCCCUACGUGCCCCCAGUGCCCACGCCUCCCCUGUACCCGCGCCUCCACGAUCCCAUCCCCUACGUGCCCCCAGUGUCCACGCUCUCCCCUGUACCUGCGCCUCCACGAUCCCAUCCCUUACAAAAGCCCCCCCCAGUGUCCACGCUCUCCCUGUACCUGCGCCUCCACGACCCCAUCCCCAUGUGCCCCCAGUGCCCACACGCCUCCCCUGUACCUGCGCCUCCACGAUCCUAUCCCCCUACGUGCCCCCCCUUCUUCAGUGUCCAUACGCCCCUGUACCUGCGCCUCCACGAUCCCAUCCCCUACGUGCCCCCAGUGCCCACGCCUCCCCUGUACCUGCGCCUCCACGACCCCCAUCCCCUACGUGCCCCCCAGUGCCCACGCCUCUGUACCUGCGCCCCCACGACCCCCAUCCCCUACGUGCCCCCAGUGUCCACGCCUCCCCUGUACCUCCGCGCCCACGACCAUCCUUACGUGCCCCCAGUGCCCACGCCUCCCCUGUACCUGCGCCUCCACGAUCCCAUCCCCUACGUGCCCCCAGCGCCCACGCCCCCUGUACCUGCGCCCCCACGACCCCAUCCCCCCAUGUGCCCCCCAGUGCCCACGCCUCCCCUGUACCUGCGCCUUCCACGUGACCCCAUCCCCUACGUGCCCCCCCAGUGCCACGCUCUGCACCUGCGCCUCCACGACCCCAUCCCCUACGUGCCCCCCAGUGCCCACGCCUCCCCU